GCUGAAACUUCUACAGCACUUUUCCUCCUUAAACUCCUGUCCUGUGGCCACAGCGACACGGAGCCGAGCCAAGAACCGAAUAGGAUGUCAGGAAAAAAAGUCCGAAAAGGAAAGAUAAUCGCGGAUUUUUGACGUAAUAAUUAGAGUAAAGACACUGAGACGCGGCUGGAGGAACCUGAAGAGGAGCGCGCAUGAGCUCAGAGAGGAACCAGGGCUGAUCUGAUCCGAGGGAUAGAAAACUAGGGGAAAUAAUUUCCAAGGAAAAAAGUACGUUUUUUAGGCAUAAUAAAAUACGUGUAUUUAGAUAGAGAGAUAGAGAGGUAAUGGCGGGGUGUUGUUUGUCCGCGGAGGAGAAGGAAAGAAGGAGGAUCAAUCAGGAGAUCGACAAGCAGCUCCGCCGGGACAAAAAUGACUCCAGGAGAGAGCUGAAGCUCCUGCUGCUGGGUACAGGUGAGAGCGGGAAGAGUACCUUCAUUAAACAGAUGCGAAUCAUUCAUGGCGCCGGAUACACUGAGGAAGACAGGAAAACUUUCACAAAGCUGGUGUUCCAGAACAUCAUCACAGCCAUGCAGUCUAUGAUCAGAGCUAUGGAGACACUAUCAAUAUCAAUGGGCAGUGCUGACAACCAGCCCCAUGCUGAUUUGCUGAUCGAGGUGGAUGUAGAUAAGAUGAUGGAGUUGGAAGAAAGCUACGUGGAAGCCAUCCGCUGCCUAUGGAAGGACCCAGGCAUCAUUGAAUGUUACGACCGCCGCCGCGAAUACCAGCUAACCGACUCUGCCAAAUAUUACCUGAGUGAUCUGGAGCGCAUUGCUGAUCCAGGAUAUUUGCCCACUGAGCAAGACAUCCUGAGAGUACGAGUGCCCACCACUGGUAUCAUCGAGUACCCGUUUGACCUGGAAAACGUCAUCUUCAGGAUGGUGGACGUGGGAGGACAGAGGUCCGAGCGCAGGAAGUGGAUCCACUGCUUUGAGAACGUGACUUCCAUCAUCUUCCUAGUGGCGUUGAGUGAAUACGACCAAGUCCUUGUUGAGUGCGACAACGAGAACCGUAUGGAAGAGAGCAAAGCUCUGUUUAAAACUAUCAUCACAUACCCAUGGUUCCAGCAAUCUUCAGUCAUCCUGUUCCUCAAUAAAACGGACAUCCUGAAGGAGAAAAUCGUCUAUUCCCACCUUGCCAAUUACUUUCCAGAGUUCACAGGCCCCCAGGGUGACCCUAAAUCAGCACAGGAGUUUAUUCUGAAAAUGUACCAGGAGCAGAACCCCGACAAAGACAAGACCGUCUACUCCCACUUCACAUGCGCCACCGACACCGAGAACAUCCGCCUGAUCUUCGCCGCAGUGAAGGACACCAUCCUGAGAAGCAAUCUGAAAGAUUUUAAUCUAGUCUAAAACCACAUUUCGAACCCCAAGUCCAGGAGCCUUAACCUCUUCCUCCUCUUUGACAGAACUUCCUUUACAUUUUCUCCCAGCCUCAGUUCUGGAUGUCAAAAAAAAGAACCUCCAGAAGUGUUUACUGGAAGGACCAUGGGACUGAAUUAAGGUUGGAGAUACCGUACAGGUUCACACUGAAGAAGCAGUUUGUGUCUUUUUUUGUUUUGUUUUGUUUUCGGAUCUUCUUUCGGGGCUGUAACACACUAAAUAGAAGAAAGUAAUUCAGAUGUAGCUGCUGAUGGUUGCUUUGCUGAAUGUAGUGGUGAUUUUGGGAAGGGGCAUGAUGUUUAAGAUUAUCUGAAUCUUUCAAACAAGGGCAUGAUUUUCUAAACGUCUGAGGAAAUGUACUUGUUUGAACUUCACUCCACAUGUACAGAAAUGUCCGAGUAAAAUUACAGUUACACGCACACACACAACUGUCAGAUAAAAAUGCCUUCCGUGUGAAUUAAACAUAGUUGCACUCGUCUUUAGUCAAAUUGUGCAAAGUCAGCUGUAUGCUAUUUAUUUUUAGUUUAAACAAGGUAAAUUUCUUUCAAAAAAAAAAACUAUACCUCCUUCACCAUGCAACCUUAUCUGCUGUUGAGAUUGCUUUCGAGAAUGUCUGAGAAAGUAAAACCAUCUUUACUACCUUUGACGACAUCUUCGACCAAAGUAAUAACAGCUUCCUGGUGUAUACAAAUGUGUAGUUAAUGUAUUUUGUGAUAUCUUUUCCACAAAUUUCUUAUCUCUGUAUUUAAACCAAAUGUUAUAUUUAAACUUCAGAAUGAAAUAAAAAAAAAAAAAACAUAAAACGAUAUUGUACUCUCAAUAGGUCUUCACUCUUGCUGGAAACCAAUA